AUGUAUAUAAACCCUAACUUAUCAAGGAAUAUUGCUAAGAAUGUCCUUGCUUUCCAUAAAAGAGACGACCAUGGGUUCAGCCCUUUACAUUGGGCCUGCAAAGAGGGUCACAUAAAAAUUGUUGAGAUGCUGAUGAAACGUGGAGCAAGGAUCAACGUCACGAACAUGGGUGAUGAUACUCCGCUGCACCUGGCUGCUGCACAUGGGCAUAGGCCUAUAGUUCAAUUGCUUUUACAAAACCGGGUAGAUGUCAACUUCACAAAUGAGCAUGGCAACUCUCCCCUCCACUAUGCCUGUUUCUGGGGCUACAGUGCUAUUGCAGAAGAUCUAGUGAUUGCAGGUGCACUGGUCUCGCUGGCUAAUAAGGAUGGUGAUACUCCAUUGGAUAAGACCAAGGGUCAGCUAGUGCAGAGGUGA